UAUCCCACAUUUCCCAUCUAAAUAGAAGUAUAAAGCAACCUUCUUGGUGUUUAAGCGAUAAACCCAGAUUGAAACCCAUCAAUGGCAACCUCUGAACAAUCUAAAUAUCAUCAAUAUGAAGAAAAAGAUAGCGAUUUCUUGGAAAACGGAGAGUCCGACCCGGAAUAUGAUUCGGAUGAUUCGACGAAGGACCCGAGUUAUAGCAGUACUCUUGAAGAAACCCAUGCCAACUUCUCAAAGCUCUCAAUCAAGCGUAAUUCAAAGACUCGUAUUGCUAAAGAUAUCGAUCUUGGUAGUGAAGCGGACCUUGAUGGGCAGGAGGUGGUUUUACCUGGGCUGGACCAGAAAGAUGAGAAAAGCUUUGAAAUGGUCCAAAAGAUUAUUGAAGCUAGACAAAUUGAGAAAUUGAAAGUGGAGCAAUGUAAGCUGUACCUGAGGAAGAAUGGGUUGAGAUUGACUGGCAAUAAAGACACACUCAUUCAGCGGAUUAAGGAGCAUUUAGAGAUUUUGAAUGGUGAAGGUGAGAAGAAGUACCCAGCAUCUAGCUUUGUUUUGAAUUGUAAAGGGGAUGCAUGCACUAGCGAUGUUGUCAUGUUUGAACAAAAUGUUUAUGAAAUAUUUGACAUAGCUUCUAGGAGUGGAAGAGGCCCUCCAUGUGGCACAAGGAUUGUUGCAGGCCGAAUUGUUAAAGAAAGCUAUGGCGCUGCUAAACAGCAGCACACAUUUACAAUUGAGGUACUCUGGAGCAAGGGUGAAAAACCACUCCCUCCACUUCAUCCCCUUCUAAUUAAGGGUCGGAACCUUUACAGGUUGAAAACUUUGAGACAGAGAUGGGAAGAUGAAGGGGAGAGGCAGAAAGUUCUGAUGGAAAAGCACACAAGAGGAUCUCUUGCUAGGACUGCUAAAGAAGCACGGGUCCAAGAGAAGGACAUGAGAAAAAUGCUCAAGAGAAAUAGGGUUUCAAGAAAGGAGGAACCAAAAAAGAACCAGUCUCAGUUUAACUCAACCUCAGUGCAUAAAACAUCAGUUCAACCUCAGCAAUCUGGUUCACUUGUUAACUCAGCAAACCUACAUCAACUAGUUGGUAUAUCAGUUCAUUCAGGAAAUACGAAAGUGUGUGCUCAGCAAUUGGGAUUGUUUACUGAUUUAUCAAGAGACCCUUCAUUAAAACCAGCAACUCAAAUUCACCAAUCAGGGUUUGUUGUCUAUUCACAAAAUCCAGCAACUCAACCUCCAGCUCCAAAGUCAGGUUUUUUUGUUGAUUCCAGAAAGGUGACAAUUCAACCUCAACUGACAAAGAAUACUACAAUGCAAGAUAGGUAUUUCAACCAAGCUUCUCAGAAAUUGAAUGAGAGUAGGAAUUCAAACAACACAGAA